AUGAGCGACUCAGACGAUAGCAACAGCUCGUCAGGCAUCCCAGCCUGGCAGCGCGAACAACAACAAGACAGCGAACCGAAACUCGAUGCUGAACCGGCAUCGCAAGAAACAACAGAAGAGACCCCGGCCGAGGAGAAGCUCGAUAUUGCCCGUCGUUUCUUACAAGAUGACGAGAUCAAGAACGAGCCCAGAGAAAAAAAGGAGGAGUUUCUUACCAGCAAGGGAUUGACUUCAACCGAAAUAGAGGAGCUGUUGGGAAGCAAUUCGGCAGCACCACCGGCGCAAGACACCGCGGAGUCAGAACCCGUACCAGCCGAGCCCGCGACAGUACCAACACCAGGGCCACACUCAACAACACCCCAAGAACCCCAACCCACCACCGAAAUCUCCCUCCCGCGAAACGACAACCCUCCCGUCGUCACAUACCCCGAGUUCCUCACAAAGCCGACCCGCCCACCACCUCUCAUAACCGCCAACGGCAUCUUCAACACCCUUUAUGUCUUCGCCGGCAUCUCCACCCUCGUCUACGGCACGAGCAAGUUCCUGGUCGCGCCCAUGGUCGAGAACCUGAACGAAGCCCGCACAGAGCUCCACGACGCGACCUCCCAAAAGCUCUCCGCCAUAAUCGAGAAGCUCGAAAGCACAGUCUCGGAAAUCCCGCCGCCCACCAAGACCGCCGCCGCCGAGACCCAAAAAGACGACGUCGCGAGCGAGAUCGACGACCCCUCCGAGAUGUUCCACCGCGACAUCGGCACGCAGACCUCGAACCCCCCGACGCCCGGUCCCUGGGGCACCACCGCCGGCGGUAGCGGGGCGUCGUUGUCCGGCGCCAAGGGCUCCUCGACCACCGCGGGCGCGAAGCUGUCGAACAUCAGCGGGCACGCCAAGACGCUCAGGGACGGCUGCGUCGCCGAGGCCGAGGACCUGGCCCACCUCAAGUCGGAGAUGGACCUGCUCAAGGACGACCUCAUGCAGAUGGCGUACCCGGCGCCCAAGGACUUCACGGGCGGGCUGUACGGAUACCGGUCCAACGAGCCGGACGACGAGAUCAAGAAGGCCAAGGACAACAUCAGGCGCGUCAAGGGGGUCUUGCUUAGCACGAGGAACUUCCCUACUACAGUCAGGUAG